AUGAAGACAGCUCAAGCUCUGCAGAGAAUGUGGUCACAUGCAGUCAAAAAGUUGGGGAUUUUGAAAGGGCACGCCCCAGGCAUGGAAGAGCUGAUAUGGGAACAGUACACUGUGACCUUACAAAAGGAUUCAAAACGAGGAUUUGGGAUUGCAGUUUCUGGCGGCAGAGAUAACCCUCAUUUUGAAAAUGGUGAAACAUCGAUAGUCAUUUCAGAUGUUCUCCCAGGUGGUCCAGCAGAUGGAUUACUUCAAGAAAACGACCGGGUGGUCAUAGUUAACGGGACCCCAAUGGAAAAUGUUCCACAUUCUUUUGCAGUCCAACAGCUUAGGAAAAGUGGAAAAGUGGCCACCAUUGUAGUGAAAAGACCGAGGAAAGUGCAGGUUGCUGCAUUGAGGAGAAGCCCCUCCCUUGACUAUGAGGACAGAACUUUAGAUGUAAUGGAUGACCAUGCAGAAUUUGAUGGCAAAAGUGCUCGAAGUGGCUAUAGCGACAGAAGCUGGCACAGUGGUAAUGGAGGGCGCAGCCAAAGCUGGGGAAACAGCCUGGAUCAGAGCUAUAGAGAUGAACAAGACAGAGGACGUAACCGAAGCAGAGACCGUGUUAGGGAAUGCAGCUACAGCCGUGAUCGAAGUCGUGGAAGGAGUGUUGACAGGAGCUUGGAUCGAGACUAUAGAAGAGAUAGGAGCAGGGGAAGGAGCAUUGACAGGGAUGGUGGCUAUGAACGGGACUACAGAGGAGACUACAGCCCACCCAGUUAUAGUCAUGGAUCUCAACCUGAUCCUAGAUAUGGGAGGGAAAUGAGGAGCGGAAGUCAGGACAGGCUUCGUUCCCGAAGUCCUUCGCCUGCAGUACGCCAUCAACACGAGUACUUCGGAUUGCAGGAUCAGAGUGGACCAGUCAGUGUUCUCUUAACAAAAGGCAGACAUAAUGAAGAAUAUGGUCUCCGUCUUGGAAGUCAGAUCUUCAUAAAAGAAAUGACCCGUACUGGCCUAGCAACCAAAGAUGGCAACCUUCAUGAAGGGGAUAUCAUUCUCAAGAUCAAUGGUACAGUGACAGAGAACAUGUCUUUAGCUGAUGCCCGAAAAUUGAUUGAGAAGUCACGGGGGAAGCUCCAGCUGGUUGUCCUCAGGGACAGAAAGCAGACACUGCUCAACAUUCCUUCGUUGAACGACAGUGACUCAGAAAUGGAUGACAUUUCUGAAAUAGAGUCAAACAGAUCAUUCUCCCCUCAAGAUGACAGAUUACAUCAUUCUGAUGUAGAUUCGCAUUCAUCCAAUGAAAAGCUGAAAGAGAAGCCAAAUGCAAAAGAUGAUCCAUCUAGUAGGAUGUCCAGGAUGGGAGCAAUGCCUACACCAUUCAAAUCAUCUGGUGACUUUGCUACUCCUGCUGUUACAGCUGUAGACACAAACAAAGAACUGAAGUACCAAGACGACCCAGCAGUGUCUCAACCAAAAGCAGUUACAAGAACGAUUCUUAAACCCAGCCCUGAAGAUGAAGCAAUAUAUGGUCCUAAUACAAAAAUGGUGAGAUUCAAGAAAGGGGACAGCGUGGGUCUACGACUGGCUGGCGGAAAUGAUGUGGGGAUAUUUAUUGCUGGAAUUCAGGAAGGCACCUCAGCUGAUCAGGAGGGACUACAGGAAGGAGAUCAGAUUCUUAAGGUAAACACUCAAGACUUCAGAGGCAUUGUUCGGGAAGAUGCUGUUUUAUAUCUCUUAGAAAUUCCCAAAGGUGAAACAGUGACAAUUUUGGCUCAAAGCAAAUAUGAAGUUUACAGAGAUAUCAUGGCCUGUGGCAGAGGAGAUUCAUUCUUCAUCAGGAGCCACUUUGAGUGUGAAAAAGAGUCACCACAGAGCUUAUCAUUCACCAGAGGGGAGAUCUUUAGAGUAGUUGAUACACUGUAUGAUGGCAAACUGGGAAACUGGCUGGCCGUGAGAAUUGGAAAUGAACUGGAAAAGGGCCUCAUUCCAAAUAAGAGCAGAGCUGAGCAGAUGGCCAGUGUUCAAAAUGCCCAAAAAGAUGGCUCAGGUGAUAGGGCAGACUUCUGGAGAACACGUGGCCAGCGAUCUGGAGUGAAGAAGAAUCUGAGGAAGAGUCGUGAAGAUCUGACAGCUAUUGUAUCUGUGAGCACAAAAUUCCCAGCUUAUGAGCGAGUUCAGUUGCGUGAAGCUGGUUUCAAGAGACCUGUGGUGAUAUUUGGCCCUAUUGCAGAUGUUGCUAUGGAGAAGUUGUCAAAUGAUUUGCCUCACCUCUACCAGACAGCAAAGACAGAACCCAGAGAUGCAGGUUCAGAGAAGUCAACUGGAGUAGUGCGCUUGAACACAGUGAGGCAAAUCAUUGAGCAGGAUAAACAUGCUCUGUUGGAUGUGACUCCUAAAGCAGUGGACCUGUUGAACUAUACCCAGUGGUUUCCAAUUGUGGUCUUCUUUAACCCAGACAGUAAGCAGGGUGUGAAAACCAUGAGACAAAGGCUAUGUUCCACAUCUAACAAGAGCUCAAGAAAACUUUAUGAGCAGGCAAACAAACUGAAGAAAACUUGUUCCCACCUUUUUACAGCCACCAUCAAUUUGAAUUCAGCCAACGAUAGCUGGUAUGGUAGUCUGAAAGAUACAAUUCAGCAACAGCAAGGAGAAGCCGUAUGGGUAUCAGAAGGAAAGAUGGACAGCAUGGAAGAUGAUGCAGAUGAUCGUAUGUCUUACCUUACUGCAAUGGGUGCUGACUAUUUGAGUUGUGACAGUCGGCUAAUCAGUGACCUAGAGGAUACAGAUGGAGAAGGAGGUGCAUACACUGACAAUGAACUUGAUGAGCCCUUGGAUGAACCAAGGAUUUCAUCUGUUAGCCGGUCCUCUGAACCUGUGCAUCCUGAGGAGGGAAAGUUACAAAGCAAAGAGGAUCUAUAUGACUUCCCGAAGAACUAUGACUCCAAAUCAAGUAACAUUGCUGUCAGCAGUGAGACUUCAACCAUAUCAGCCAAAGCAGCACCACCACCUGUUUCUGUGAAACCUGCCUUUGGGCGUCCCAUCCUAAGAAACUCUCAGCCAGCAAUCCCACCUGCAGAGGAGGAGGAGGAGGCAAAGUUGGAAGAGGAAGGAAGCGAACAAGAAAAUACUCCAAAAUCUGUAUUGAGGAAAGUCAAAAUAUUCGAAGAGAUGGAUCAUAAGGCGAGGAUGCAAAGAAUGCAAGAGCUACAAGAGGCCCAGAAUGCCAGGCUUGAAAUAGCCCAGAAGCACCCAGAUAUUUAUGCUGUCCCUGUCAAAACACAGAAGUCAGAACAGACCUGGCCCCAGCCUAUGAGCUCCAGACCUCCAGAACCCCAGAAACCUCCUAUUAGACCUUACCUGGAGAACCGUGGCAGUUAUGGCAGUGAUGCAGAGGAGGAGGAGGAGUACCGUCGGCAGCUAUCAGACCACUCUAAGAAGGGGUAUUAUGGACAGCCGUCCAGAUACAGAGACACAGAAUUGUAG